AUGCGGGACGGACGUGCGAGUACCUGCGCGAGCGAGGCGGCGGGCGGCGGCUCGACGGGCGCGCGGCAUGCAGUGCAGCUGUCUCGCGCGCGGCGAUGCAUGCGAGCGGGACGAAUAGAGCGCGUACCUGCGCGGGCGAAGCGGCGGGCGGUGGCUCGUCGUGCGCUAGGCGUGCAGUGCAGCUGUCUCGCUCGCGGAGGUGCGUGCGAGCGGGACGUAGGGAGGGCGUACCUGCGCGGGCGAGGCGGCGGGCGGCGGCGUGCAGUGCAGCUGUAUAGCGUGGAGCGGUGCGCGCAUGCGGGACGGACGUGCGAGUACCUGCGCGAGCGAGGCGGCGGGCGGCGCAUCGACGGGCGCGCGGCGUGCAGUGCAGCUGUCUCGCGCGCGGCGAUGCAUGCGAGCGGGACGAAUAGAGCGCGUACCUGCGCGGGCGAAGCGGCGGGCGGUGGCUCGUCGUGCGCUAGGCGUGUAGUGCAGCUGUCUCACGCGCGGCGGUGCGUGCGAGCGGGACGGACGGAGCACGUACCUGCGCGGGCGAGGCGGCGGGCGGCGGCUCGUCGGGCGCGCGGCGUGCACUGCAGCUGUAUCGCGUGGAGCGGUGCGCGCAAGCGGGACGGACGAGCGAGUAACUGCGCGGGCGAGGCGGCGGGCGGCGGCUCAACGGGCGCGCGGCGUGCAGUGCAGCUAUAUAGCGUGGAGCGGUGCGCGCAAGCGGGACGGACGAGCGAGUAA